AUGUCCGCCACAGCUCCCUCCAGCCCGGCGACCCGCCCGAGCGGAGCGGCAGCGGCACCACCACCGCAGCAACCACCCAACGCCUCCCUCCCCCAGCCACUAAUACCCCUUUCCUUCAUCGACGCACCCUCCCAGCGUUUCUACGCCUGCUCCCUGGCAAUAGCCACUCAGGCCUGGAAGUACACUCACGUGGUCAAGGCCCUCUUCUCCACCAGCGACGACGCCAGCUCGGCAUUCAGCCUCUCGACCGCCAUCCUCGUCGACUUUACCGUCCUCUUUGUCCUCUCGCGCCUCGGCAUCCCGAGGCUCGAUCCCCGUCUUGCCGCCGCCGCGACACCCGCGCGUCCGGCACAAGCGACAUCCUCGAUCUCGGCCAGCCCAUCGCAAGGCCCUGGCCUCACCUAUGCCCGCUACGCCGUCAUCUUUGGCUCGCUCGUCCUCGUCGACUCGAUCCUCCUCGGCCAAGGCACCGCCAACCCGGUCGUCUGGCUCUUUUCCACCCUCCUCGGCUUCCUCAAGGCGGCAUCCAGUCUCGUAGGGCUCGAGCUCGACCUUGGACCUCUUGGCGCCGAUGCGUUCGCACGCCAGCUCAGCAUCAGCGAGGGCCGCGUGAGGAUCCGCGACCUGGUGCAGCCAAAGAGCCACAUCCUCGGCCAGCACACCGUCCACAUCCUACCCUACAGCACCGCAAAACUUUCUCCCUCCUCGGCGUGCUACUGCGUCGGUCCUGGCACGCCCUCGGUCACCAUCCCCGUCCUCUUCAACAACACCGAGCCCGACUUGCUUCAGUACUCAGUCACCGACUUUGUCACCGGCGAAGCGGCGCUCUUCAACAUCAGCGUCACCGACCUCGUCGCGCUGCCGGCCUCCAGGGCUGGCAGGGAGCGACCGGACGAGGAUCUGCAGGUGGCCGCAGCAGCGGCGACCAAGAACCGCAAGCACGACGUCGAGGGCCUGGGCGCCGACGAGGACGAGCUCGACGAGCCUCUCUCCUUCCUCAAAGGCUCCACCUACCAGGAAAGGGCCAGGCUGAGGGCGGCCAAGCGCUCAAAGGGCGCAAAGAGCGCCGUCCGCAAGGGUCCAGCCGGCGCGGUCGGCCGUACCAAGGCGGCCACGCAGCUCCUCUACCACCUGCCCGUCCACAGCGCUGGUCGGGUAAGGCUUGAGAGGGUCCUCGACAAGGCGAGGAACGAUGCCCGACUCUCUUCUGCGGAGGCGCUCGUCGUCGAGUGCCCGACGUCGACAUUUGUCGCGCCAAAGUCGGCGGUGGCCGAGGCUUCCAACUGGCUCGAGGCCGCGCACAAGUGUCCGGGCGAGAGCGCCGAGCUGGCGGUCCAGGUCCGGGGCCUUACUCCGUUGGAGUUGCAGUACCGACGCUCCUGGGAGCCCUCGGCGCAGCAGGGCUCCGGCCGCAACCGCCACGUCGAGCCGCUCGACGAGGUCCAGACCAUCUCGCGGAUCUCUUCGCCCCACCACGCCUCGCCGCUGCUGCUGCCCGAGGCCGAGUCGAUCCUUUCUCCCGUCGAGCGCAUCGCGCUGGCUCAGGAGAGGACGAGAGCCGCCGCCCGAAGUGCCGGCAACACGCACGAGGACUACGCCUGGGCCGCCGCGAGCGAGGUGUCGAUCCCGCUCAGCGUCGAGCUGGAGCGCGCGGGGCGCUACACGUACGAGCUUGAGAGCGUCAAGGAUGCGUGCGGCAAUGUGGUCAAGGCGCACGGUCAGGCCGCGCCAUCCCUCGGGCCGGGCAGCAAGGUCAAGCGCAAGCUCGUCAAGGGCAUGGGCAAGGACGUGCCUUCCACCGUCACGUCGCAGCAGGUCGUCGUCCACCCGCGCGCCAAGUUUGCCUUCAGCGCAAGGAGCUGCCAGCCGGGCUACCCGAUCAAGAUGCUGCGGACCCAGAGCCAUCUCAACGUCUCCCUGCUGGCCAACGACGGCGACCGAGAGUCGGGCCCGUGGGAGGUCGACCUGCACUUUGAUCCGGACAACAGCGCUGCCGGGCAGGACCCGCUAGCGCGAGCGCCGGCCACGCCGUGGGUGCGGCCGCUGACGAUGGAGAGCGGCGCGGGCAUCGCCCAGGUCCAAGUCAGCGCGCCCGGCACCUACAGGAUCGGCAAGGCGCGCGGCAGGUACUGCACCGGCGAGGUCGAGUCGCCCUGGACCUGUGAGGUCAUCGACGUGCCGCCGCCCACCGCCAAGAUCUCGUUUUCCAGCAUCGAGGACCGCUGCGCCGGCCCCGUCGGCGUCAAGGCGCUGUCGAUCCUCACCGGCAGCCCGCCGUUUGAGCUCGAGUACGAGGUCAGGCGUCACGGCGAGAGGUCGCACCCCAUCCGACGCCGCAUCAUGCAGACCCGCGAUGAGCUCGAGUUCCGCCCAAACACCGAGGGCCCCGUCACCUACCGGUUCCUCAAGCUGCACGACGCCAACUACCGCAACAUGAUCCUCGACGGCCCCAGCUUCACCCAGGACGUCCACCCUCUGGCGACGGCGCGCUUUGCGGCCAGCCAUGGCAGAUCGGCCGGACAGCCCAUCGUCGUCCACAGCUGCGCAGGCAACCGGGCGCAGGCGGACGUCGAGCUGGGCGGCACCGGGCCCUGGGACCUCACCUACAUUGUGCGAGGCGCGGGCCGCUCCGAGACCAAGGAGGUCAAGAAGCUCACAAGCCCGAGGCAUACGCUCGACUUUGAGCUCGCGCCCGAACUCGUCGAGGCCGGCGGCCGGGCCACUGUCAGCCUGGUCAGCAUCCGCGACGCCAAGGGCUGCGAGCGUCAGCUGGCCACGAGCGACCUCAACAUCGAGAUCCGCAAGGCGAGGUCGACGGUGGGCUUCCUGCCCGUCACCUACGACACGCGCAGGCAGGUCGAGAUCCUCGAUGGCCGCCAGACGCGGUUGCCGCUGCGCCUCGAGGGCGACGGGCCCUGGACGGUCACCUACUCCUGGAGGGCCGACGAGAGCUCGCCCGAGCAAGAGGAGACGCUGCAGCUGUCGGACAGCUCCGCCGCCAUCCCGGCGAGGCGCCCGGGCGUGUACACGAUCAAGUCGAUCCGCGAUGCGUACUGUCCCGGCUCGGUGCUCGCCGACCAGGAGUCGUACCACGUUCACGUCCGCUCGAGGCCCGCGGUGCACUUUGUCGAGGAUGCCGGCCAGGUCGUCCGGAACGGAUCCGUCGUGCGCGCUCCCGUCUGCCAGGGACGUCCAGACGCCGUCGAUGUCCGCAUGACGGGCAACUUCCCCCUGCAGAUCGCUUACGAGCACCAGGCCCCUUCGUGGUCUGGCGGCGCCGACGUCGACGGUUCCCAGGCGCUCGGCUCGGCCAUUGGCGAGAUUGCCUCGCAGGGCAAGCGCCGGCGCAACUCGUUCACCUCUGCGCAGACGGUCAGCAACCUGGAGCUGUCGACCCUGACGCCCGGCUGGCACACGUACACGAUCGAGUCGGUCGGCGACACGGCGUACCCGCCCGCGGCGCUGCAGGGCUUCCCGCGCGAUGCGCCGAGACGGCUCGAGCAGAUGGUCUACCCGCUGCCCUCGGCGAGCUUUGUCCACGGCGGCAAGGUGCCGUCGUUUUGCAUCGGCGACAGCCUCGAUGGCAAGACGCACGACGGCAAAGCCAGCGGCGGCUUCGAGCCCACGGUGCGGCUGAGCGGCACGCCGCCGUUCACCGUCGAGUUUGAGCUGCACGACAUCACGUCGCGCUCGUCGGCAUCGGCAUCGGCGGCGGCGGCGGGAGGAUCGCGCAGCCACGUCAAGACGAUUGUGCGAUCCGACGUCACGACGCACGACUACCGGCUGCGCAUCCCGCGCAGCGACUUUACGUUUGAGACGACGGGCAAGUGGACACUGCAGGUGACGCGGGUGCGCGACGCGCACGGGUGCGAGUUUGCGCCGCUGAGCGCCGGCCGCGCGGUGCCCGCUUCGGCGAGAAUCGAGCUCGAGGUGGCCGAGACGGCGGGCAUCUCUGCCUCGUCGACGCGCGACGACUACUGCGUGGGCGAGUCGGUGGACUUUGUGCUGCAGGGCACGCCGCCGUGGACGGUGACGUACGACUUCGAGGGCAAGACGACGCGCGCCGUGUCGCGGCGGCCCGAGUUUGCGCGCGUCGCCGAGCGGCCGGGCACGCUGCGCAUCAAGAGCGUGGCGCACCAGCAGAACCAGUGCCGCACCCUGCUCGACGAGGGCAAGGUCGAGGGCAUGGUCAAGACGAUCCACGACCUUCCCUCGGUGCGCGUGUCCGAGGGGCGGCAUUACGUCGAGGAUCUGAGAGAGGGCAACCAAGCGGAAAUCAUCUUUGACCUGGUCGGCGAGGCGCCCUUCUCGUUUACGUACCAACGUACCGAACCGGCGGAUACGCACAGCCGUCCCAAGGUGCUGGAAACGCAUACGGUCCAGGGUAUCCUCGAGGAUCGAUUCAGCAUCUGGACCUCGGUCGAAGGAACCUGGUCAGUCACCUGGCUCAUGGACCGUUGGUGCCAGGUCAGCCUCGAUGCGCAUAGCGGCUCCUCGACCUCGCUCGGCAAAUCGAGGUUGGCAAUCACCCCAUCUUGA